AUGGCCAAUGAGGCACAUGAGGCACUUGCUGCCUUGAGAAAGCCGCAGAAAGAACAAGGCGAUCUGAAACAACUAAGUAUCAUUCGCAUUUCGGAGCCUAUCUCAGAUGUCGGCGAGUCGAAGCAGUCGCCCUCGAAACGACGAUCCGACGUGUCGAUGUCCGACUGGAGCGAUCCAACUCCUGCAGUUCUAGAGGCCGACUUAACGCACUACAAGGAACUAUUUUCAAAACUACGAUUUUCAUACCUCGAGCAAGUGACCAAGGAGAAAUUCUUGCGCGCGAUUGUAGGUGAUCCGCCUCUGGUUGUUGGCCAUAAUGAGAAUGUCGAGUUGGAGGGCCAACUAGCAGAGGUGAAGGCCGAGCUCAAGGCCCGGAAAGAAGAGGCUCGAGUGAUGAUUGAGGAGAUGGAGAGAAUUAGUCGCGAUUUGGCGCGCAGAUAUGAGAUUAUCGAGCUCCAAGAAACGCAAUUGUCGACCCUCCCUGACUCCAUCGAGAACCUUGAGUCUACCAUUGCCGGUCUCAAAGCAAAGCAAGUUGCUACUAUGGACUCCUCUGACCCACGAUCGUCACAGAACCUCUCUCUUCCUGCUACCGUGCAGCUGCUCUCGGAGCGUGAGGCGGAAUUGGCGGCUCUGAACCGUCAGAUUGCUGCUGUGCAAAACUCGCUGCCACGUAAAACACGAGAGGCCGAGGCAAUCGAGAGGGAAUGUUCGGUGCUUGAGCGCCGAAAGGCUGAAGCGGUGACACAAGCACGCGAGGCUUACCGUAAGAAGCAGCAGGGCGAGAGCGACGGGCUGGAAGAGAUAGGCCGAUGGUAUAGAGGGGCAGAGGAGACCCUGAAAGAACUGGUGGGCACAGAGGGGUAG